AGAACCAACGUAGCAUUACGCAUCUGCUUUCAACAAUGCACUUGUCUUUCCGUGCGGCUCUCAAACGCAACUCAGGCAUUCCGGUCAUCCACCUCCAGCGCCCGAGCAGAGGCACACCGAGUCCUUACCGGAGACGGGAAUCGCGGGGUAAUCAAGAAGGCAGGCGGUAAACCAUCCCGGGCUAUAACGAUGGAACCGUAAAAAUAAAUACGGAAGGGGGAACAGGCUGGCUGUCACUGCAGAGUGAUAGAGAGACACGGAGAAAGACGAGGAGAGGAGAGAGGAGUCUGCCUCCAUGUCUGCUCCUGUCCCUUCCAGUCGGAGAUCUGCGUCUGGCUCACGCAGAUUCAACCCUCUGAAUCCUCUGCAGCCCAAACGCCGCUUGCAGCAAACGCUGUCGUCGUCCUCCUCCUCGCCCGUACCCGUACCCCUACCCACGCGCCCUGCACGGACAGCUGCCCCAGUCAGCAACAGAGAUCCCCAUGGCAAUGCCUCUCUCAGCAGCAGCAGCACUAACUCUGGCUCCUGCAAGGGCAGUGACUGCAGCCCCACCAAGGGGCGUCAUAUGAAGGCAUACACCUCGUGUAAAGAUAACCAUGGCAUCCGCCCCCCUCCCCCAGAGCAGUACCUCACACCCCUGCAGCAGAAAGAGGUGUGUAUCAGACACCUGCGGGCCCGCCUCAAGGAAACCGUCGACAGGCUGCAGGACAGGGACUCUGAGAUCGAUGAGUUGAGGACCCAGUUGUCUCGUAUGCAGGAGGACUGGGUUGAAGAGGAGUGUCACCGCGUGGAGGCCCAGCUGGCUCUGAAGGAGGCACGCAGGGAGAUCCAGCAGCUCAAGGAAGUGGUGGACGUGGUGCGCUCCAACCUCAGCUCCAGCGACUCCACCGACACCGGCGUCCAGAAAUACUUCCAGGACAUCAACAUCCAGAACCACAAGCUGGAGACCCUGCUGCUCAGCAUGGAGCUGGCUCAGAACGGGGUGGCCAAGGAGCAGGAGGCUGCUGCUGCAGCACGAGGAGCGGCAGGGUGGGCUGGGAGGCCUGGGACUGCGGGGUCAUGGCCUGGGAGUAGUCCCGCUGCACCAGGGACUGGAUGGGGUGGUUCCAAGAGUCUGUGUGGGUCUUGUGACGGCUCCCCCGCCCGCUCUCUGCCCCGUAGCUUCACCUACACCAAGCUGAGCGACCAUGCGCUGGCGGAUAAGAACGGGAACAGCGUUUUAGGGGAGGAGAACCAUGACAGUGGCUUUGUGUGCUGUGGGGAGAGUCACAGUGCAGCCGGCAGUCAUAGUCACAGUCGCAGUGCAGCCAGCAGUCACAGGGCAGAUCUGCUUCUGGAGGCAGCCUUCCUGUCUGAGGAGACAGCCUCUCUGCUCAGCACCUACUCCCUCCUGCCACACUUCUCCAACUACGACAAGCUGUGCCCCGGGAAGGACAGGGUGGCGCCCCUUCGCUGUGCCAUGGGUGGGGCGGGCAGCGCCAGCCACCCCUGUCUGUCCCACCACCUUUACCUGCACCACCCCAGGGAGCAGGCCGUCCAGACAGAGAGCUGCCCAGUCCCCGGGGGGGUGGGCUACGCCUCUGACCUGGACACCAUUGCAGAGCGCACAUUCCGCUCUCAGGCCUGCAGCCCCACCUCCACCUGGGUCUCAGACGAGGGAGACGACCUGGACUCGGUUACCCCAACAACCAUCACAGCUACAACAGAGCCCGGUCCUGGCCCUCCGUUACCCAGCUCUUCCUGCCUCUCAGUUGAUAUGCCCUCCCUCUCAGUGGAGGAGGAUGGGGAGGCGGUGGGGGAGUUGGAGAGGCAGACAGCGGUAGUGGGGGAGAGUGCCGGGGUGAUGGUAGAGGCAGGCAAGCAGGAGGAGGUAAAGGGCCUGGGGUUGCUGGGAGAAGGAAAGCAGGAGGAGGUAAAGGGCCUGGGGUUGCUGGGAGAAGGAAAGCAGGAGGAGGUAAAGGGCCUGGGGUUGCUGGGAGAAGGAAAGCAGGAGGAGGUAAAGGGCCUGGGGUUGCUGGGAGAAGGAAAGCAGGAGGAGGUAAAGGGCCUGGGGUUGCUGGGAGAAGGAAAGCAGGAGGAGGUAAAGGGCCUGGGGUUGCUGGGGGAAGGAAAGCAGGAGGAGGUAAAGGGCCUGGGGUUGCUGGGAGAAGGAAAGCAGGAGGAGGUAAAGGGCCUGGGGUUGCUGGGGGAAGGAAAGCAGGAGGAGGUAAAGGGCCUGGGGUUGCUGGGGGAAGGAAAGCAGGAGGAGGUAAAGGGCCUGGGGUUGCUGGGGGAAGGAAAGCAGGAGGAGGUAAAGGAGUUAGAUGUAGAUAGUCAGAGGGAGGAAGUGGAGGUGAGGAAUCAGGGAGAGUUGGAGGAGGUGUGGUCGGUGGAGGAGGUGUGGUCGGUGGAGGAGGUGAGGUCAGUGGAGGAGGUGAGGUCAGUGGAGGAGGUGAGGUCAGUGGAGGGGGAGGAGGUGAGGUCAGUAGAGGAGGUGAGGUCAGUGGAGGGGGAGGAGGUGAGCUCAGUAGAGGUGGAGGAGGUGAGGUCAGUGGAGGAACAGCCCCACACCUCCCAGCCCAGGAGAAGUUUGUUACAACAGGAGGAGAUCGCUGAGGUGACGGUGGUAGAGGUUGAUGAUGAUGAUGAUGAUGAAGAUCAGGCUCAGGGAGCAGUAGGGGGAGAAGAGGAGUCUACCUCGUCUGGGUCUGGACCAGCAGUGAAGAGCUACUGGAGCCGCCACUUCCUGGUUGACCUGCUGGCGGUGGCGGUACCCGUGGUGCCCACGGUGGCAUGGCUGUGCCGGGGGCCGCGGGGCGAUGCCCUGCCCAUUUACCACUUCGGCUCCCUGCUACGUGGCUGCUGCACCGUGGCCCUCAGCUCCCUGCGCAGGGCCGGAGGCGUUAGGCACUACCCCGCAGGCACAGGUGGGGGAGCCAUGGGAGGCACAGAGAUCUGAGACAGGCCCCAUGACACCCUGGAAGCUGCACACACACAACCCUGCCCUCUCUGGUCCUGGGUCGUCCUCCACCUGAUGUACUGGGUAAAGGAAUGAGUGGAGGAAUGAUUCUGAUGGCAGGACAGCCUCCUAGCAAACCGUAUAACUCUCUCCUUUGAGCCUUGCUCCUGGUGACCUCUUCCACCUCCUCUGCUGGACUGAGAAGAGACACCGGGAUGUGUUGAAGUGACACUGAAUGGUAGAACUGAAUGAUUGAAUGGACACUGAAUGACCUGAGGGUGUGAUUGAUGCUGAUUGUAACUCCUCUCUCUAGUGUGCGGGGAGACUGAACGGUCUGUCAGUCUCUGUGAGUCUCUUCACUUGGUCCAGUUAAAUUUUGAUGUGGUAUGUAAGUAUAUGUGCACACAAGGUGUGUGUGAGUGUGUUGCGUGUGUGUUCUUCUCUGUUGUGUCGAUGUGUAGCCAAAGCACCUGGAUGUCUGAAGGCAAUCACAGCCAUAGCUGUGCAGUAGUUGGUCUGCUCAUUUUGGAGUGAAUGAUGGGACAUAUGGCCUUUCCCGCCUAAAGGUACCAGGCAAGCUGCUGCUGUACAUUUCUGCUUCCUGUCCUAGAUUAACAAUCACUCUUGUAGCAUUCAGUCCAUGUCCACGGUCCAAGAGUUAGUCAUUCCAGACCCAUGAACCGGAAACAUCUCAAGAAGGAAUCAUUUAUAGAGAUAAAAGAAUUCAAAACAAAGUUUAUUGUUCUGUUAAAAAUGGGGGGGGGGAGUAUUAUGGACUUGGUGUGAUGAUUGUCACGGUAAUCUAUUGUUAUUUGAAUGUUUGCAUUGAAAUCAAAUUAUGACUGAGUUGGCAGGAUUUUAGUGUCUUGUUAUUUUGGGCUGUAAAUGAAUGUAAAGUCGUUGAGAUGUAAUAUAACUGAAAGGCUGAGCAAGCAGGCGCUGUACUGUAAUGUUUUGGUAUUAGUCUUUGCUAGGGACUAAUGAGCUAACUGAUGUCCUAUAAGAUUGUUAUGCAACCAGCAAGAACAGUCCUUUGAGUUUAAGUUUAUUGAGUAGUUCAGAGAGGAAACAGAUCUUGUCAUUUCUUUAGUCAUCCAUUCGCCAUUUUGUUCUGCACUAUUAUUCACUUUAUGAAGUUAAGCAAUUCCCUUUUCCCCAAUUGCUUGAAGUCAAGUUUGUGUUUCCAAAGUCUAAUACGUCAACGUUUUCCAUGGUAACCAAAUUGGUAGUUACAGUGUUGUCUCAUCGCUGCAACUCCCGUACCGACUCAGAAGAGGCGAAGGUUGAGAGCCGUGUGUCCUCGGAAACACAACCCAACCGAGCCGCACUGCUUCUUGACACAAUGCCCACUUAACCCGGACUUAAUCCAAUGUGUCAGUGUGCGCUGCACCCGACCCACCACAGGAGUCGCUAGUGCGCGACGGGAUAAGGACAUCCCUGCCGGCCAAACCCUCACCUAACCCAGACCAAUUGUAAGCCGCCCCGUGGGUCUCCUGGGUCGCGAACCCAGAAUCUCUAGCCUUAGACCACUGCGCCACACCUUAUGUCUGCAGUUUUUCAUCAGAGUUGUUGUUGUUGUCAUUUUGAUAUUCCAUAACUAUUCAAUACCUGUAUUAUGGGAUACGUUUCCAAAGCUAAAGUGAAAUAAUCAACUGUAACCAAGAAACAGUGAAUUUGAAUUUCGAUUGUAGCAUAGUUGAAGAUCCUGACCAUUACAGGCCAUUUACCUUUGAAUGCUGAAAAACAUUUGCCUUCCAUGACUUUCUUUCUUGUACACAAUAGUGUUGUACUGCUUUCUGUAAGGUGUGCUGAAUGUGCGUUUAUGUUGUUGCUCUGUAAUUCCUGUUCAUUUUCUUCUGCUUGACAAUCCCUCCUCUACGUUGUUUUGCUUAUUUAACCUCUUCGCUAUGACUUCCGGCACCUAUGAAAAAAAUUAAAUAAAUAAAAAUAAAUAAUAAAUAAGUAAAAUCACUAGCAGCAAUGACAAAAUAGAUUGUCUGGUGAAUGGAUGAACUGCUUGAAGGCCUCUUUACACACGUUUCACUGUUGUCGUGUGCUUUCACAGCAGGUAUGUACAACUUCCACAGCCCUGUUGGGAUU